AUGUCCCAAACCAUGACUGUCCCUGUCUCAAAGUCUACAAGGAUUGUGGGGGAUCGAUCUUUGGACGUCGCUGAGCUUGAAGUAAUCAACUUUGAAAGAAUUACUGCGAAAGACCCAGUCGAGAUGGCGAAACUUUUGAAGGCGGCAGAGUCUCCGGGCUUUUUCUUCUUCAGUUUCGACGACGACCUCUCGGGGAAGAUUUCAGAGUAUAUCCGAACUUGUUACCUGAACUGCAAUGAGUAUUUCGCCAAACCUCUUGACGAGAAGAUGAAGGAGUUCAGGGAGGAUGUGGAUCGUGGCUACAAAUAUAAACCAGGCUUUGAAUCGUUCGAAAUCGCUCGAGACGAACAGCACAGUAUCACUUUACCCACCCCCUUCGCAGCGCACGCUGGUGCUACGAACGAUCUUAUCGAUAUUUGCGAGACCAUAGUCCGCACCUGUCUCCGCAGCCUUUCAAGUAGCCUUGGUCUUGGUGGAUCCUCGCAUCUGGAAAAUGCUCAUCCCCCCGGUGGACCGAGCGACUCGGGCCUAAAGUUCGUCUCCAGUCCGACCCAUACAUACAUGGCUGAUGCACCCGACACCACACACACCGACGGUGGCUCAGUCACCUUGCUGUGGUGCGAGAAAUGGGCCAGUAAGCUGCAGACUCAGGAGAACAAGGAGUGGUUAUGGAUUGAGCCCAAACGUGGUUGUGUCUUGGUCAACAUCGCGAAUUAUCUGCAAAACCAAACCGGGGGUCGCUUGCACUCCCCAUUCCAUCGGGUAACGCAGCCGAACGAUGGUGUCGAGGACCGAUACUUUGUGUCUUACUUCCUCAGACCGUCGUGCUAG